AUGGUGGGUCUUUCGUCUCAGAGGAAAGAGCGAGCUCUUCGCAUGAAGGAGGCCGAGCCGUCGCCGCUUCCCGUGGGAAUCCUAAGCGACCGUAAGCGAAAGAAAAUGUCGUCAGGCGCGUCGCAGCCUUUCGCACAGCAACCAGCUAGCGACGCCGGUGCGGAUCAUGGCUCGUUCUUGAAGUUACUCAGCAACGUCGUGCCGCUCACCUCCGAUCCCGCCAAACGGCAACGGAUACAUCCCGCCGCUAACUCCCUCUCCCGCGCCGCGGCUGGCUUCGGCAGUAGAGAAGGCGUUCCGUCUGGAUCAUAUCCUCGCGGCUUUCACGCCGUGGAUGGCGGAAUUAGCAUGCCAGCGUGGCAGGAUCCGAAUCACCCGAACGACGCGAGGAGAUCCCAAGGAGCCGCUGGUAGCGGGAAAGAUACGGAGGAAGGGGAGGAGGAGGAGGAAGAAGGGGAGGAGGGGCAGCAGGAUCCUGGGAGGAGCGAGUCGCGGGCCGUGUACAAAGAACCUGUGGGCCCGCGUCAAAGCCUCUUACCCAUGGCCGCGCAGUCGCUGGUUCAGCGGCUGAUGCCACGUGGCAUGAACGGGCCUGUGCGGCGGUCGCCGCAGUCCAAGCGGGUCGCUCUCGCGUCGCCUGGUGGGGCCGCGCAGCAACCGCGCGCGCACGCGAUUAUGCAGUCGCAGCUGCAGGAUCGGCGGCAGGCUCUCGCGCAAGCGCUUGCGUCGUCUCAUGCGCCGGCGCAUCCGCAGGCGCAUCCGCAGGCGUUGGUUGCGUUGUCGAUCGGUGGAGCUAUGGGUUCGGACAGGCGGGGUGGGGCUGUGCAGAUCAUUUCGAGCCCAUGGAAGAUAGAAGACGGAGGAGGAGGAGGAGGAGAAGCAGCAGCAGCAGCAGCUGGAACGGCCGCAGUGCCGAGAUCGUUCCAUUCCCCGGGGCGAAAGGAUCGGUGGAACGAGACUCUAGACAGGAAGAAGCGGAGGGAGUCGGGGGUGAGAGGGUCUGGAAAGAACGCGGUUUCUCCACCUGCAAGAGCAGCACGAGCACGCGUUGCAGGAGGGGGAGGAGGAGGGGUAGGAGGGUCAUCACGGGCGGCGGAGGAAGAAGCGGCAAGGGCGGUGACGCGCGAUUGGAUCGGGGUGUCGCGGAAGGUGGUGGGCUGGCAGCAGAUGGCGGAGUAUAAGCGGAUGGUGGAGCGGGGCGCGCACAUAACCCCGAGGGAGAUGGAGGAGCAGAGGCAGCGGUUUGAGGGGAGGCCGGGGUUAGACGCUCUGCUUGCCACAGCUCCGCGCCACAACGGAGGGGUCGCUGGAAAACCUUCGCAAGCCGAGCGAGCGGAACCAGUUGAUUUGGAGGAGGGAGAGGAGGGAGAGGAGCGAUGGGAAGCUGGCGAAGAAGCGGUGUUUGGCGUUGCACCUAUAUUACCUGCAGCAGCAGCGGCAGCAGCAGGAGCAGCAGCAGCAGCCCCUGCCUCUGGCACGGCCGCUGCCCGUGCUCCUGCUCCUGCCAUCGGUGCCACUGCUGCUGUGAUCGAAGCAAGUGUGGGAGCAGCAGCAGGUGCUGACCCUUCCGCUCUGGCGUCCUCUGAGAAAGCUGCUCUCGCGACAGUAACAACCUCUGAGCGCCUGCGCGUGGAGCGAAAUCGGAUCCAGCAGGAAUGGAAGCUGCGCGCGCGGGAGAAGGAGCAGGAGGAGGAGGAGCGGAGGGCGCAGAUGGAGGAACUGGAGAGGGAAAUGGCGAGGGCGCACGUGGAGAGGAGGGGCACGAAGGAGCGCGCACAGGAGCGCAGAUCCAAAGUGGAGGAGCUACAGCGCGCCAAGGCCAAGCCUGUGGUGCGGGUGUUAUCAGAGGAGGAGGAGAAGCAAGUGAGGCGCGCCUUCCAAGGGGGACACAGCGGGGAGGAGCUGGCGUUCCACGAGAGGUCCAACAUCAUAGUCACGCGCAACCUCAUGCACUGCCUCAUGCCGGGAGGAUGGCUCAACGACGAGGUGAUCAACAUGUACUUAGAGCUGCUCAAGGACCGGGAGAGGCGCACACAGCAGCCCAGCAGCAAGGGGCGCAUGCCUGUGUGUCACUUCUUCAAUACCUUCUUUUACGCGCGGCUCACGGGCACAGGCCAGUACCUCUACAACUCAGUGCGUCGCUGGACCACCCCCAAGCGCCUGGGCUACUCGCUCACUGACUGCGACAAGAUCAUAGUACCAGUGCACCAGGGCGUGCACUGGGUGCUGGCGGUCAUUGUGCCAGGGGACAAGCGCCUCAUCUUCCUCGACUCCCUGCACGGCCAGGACCACACCUGCCUUGAAAACCUGGCGCGCUACUAUGCGGACGAGGUGAGGGACAAGACAGGCCAGGAGGUGGACACGAGUGGGUGGGAGCGGUGCUUCCCGAGGAAAAUCCCCCAGCAGAUGAACACGUGGGACUGCGGGGUGUUCAUGCUCAUGUUUGCCGAGUGUGAGGCGCGGGCCAUGGGCUCCCACUACAACUUCUCCCAGAAAGACAUGGAAUACUUUCGAAAGCGCAUUGUGCUCGACCUCAUCAGGAAACACGUGGACUGA